CUAUCCUUGGUGGAGCAACUCGCUGGCCCCGGCCGCACAUGCGCCAAGCUGUCUCUCUCGCUAUCCCAGCCCCCCUCCCUUCUCUGUCUCCUCUGCACUGGGAGCAGCUCUCCUGCCGCAGCCCCUCACCCCCCGAAAAUGUAUGUCUGUACCAAGUUCGUCUCCUCUCCUUCUCUGGUCAGGAACACCUCUCAGCUGCUGAGCCGACCAUUGUCGGUAGUGUUGCUGAAACGGCCUGAGACACUGACAGAUGAGAGCCUCAGUAGCUUGGCAGUCCCGCGUCCCCUGACCUCACUUAUUUCCAGUCGCAGCUUCCAAACCAGCACCAUCUCAAGGGACAUCGACACAGCAGCCAAGUUCAUUGGGGCUGGGGCCGCCACAGUCGGGGUGGCUGGCUCUGGGGCUGGGAUUGGAACUGUGUUUGGGAGUCUCAUCAUUGGUUAUGCCAGGAACCCUUCUCUGAAGCAACAGCUCUUCUCCUACGCCAUUCUGGGCUUUGCCCUCUCGGAGGCCAUGGGGCUCUUUUGCCUGAUGGUGGCCUUUCUCAUCCUCUUCGCCAUGUGAAGGAGCCGUCUCCACCUCCCAUAAUUCUUCUUUCUCCCAUUUUUCGUCUGCCCUGUGUGUUCAUUUUCCUAUACCUCCCCAGGUAGCCUGGGGAAAGUGGUUGGCUCAGGGUUUGACAGAGGGAAGACAAAUAAAUACUGUAUUAAUAAGAUG